AAUAAUAAAUCAUUUUUAAUCAAUACAAUGGCAGAAAUUCAAGUCGGCUGGAUCGGACUCGGUUCCAUGGGUGUUGGCAUGGCCAAGAACCUUCAAAAAUAUCUUACUUCCAUCUCAGCACCUGCUCUGAUAUACACGAACCGAACGCUGUCACGAGGAGAGCCUGUGAAAGAGUUGGGAGGCAUCCCCGUUGAGACUGUGACUGAAGUUGCCAAGAAGAGUAGCAUAAUCUUCUCUUGUGUGAGCAAUGAUGCCGUUCUAGAAGCAACAGCAAAGGAAAUUAUUGCCUCGGGGGAUAUCAAAGGAAAGAUCUACGUAGACUGCUCGACCGUGCAUCCAGACACCUCUGUCAAGAUUGCGAAGCUCAUCUCAGACGCAGGAGGAGAAUUUGUAGCUGCACCCGUCUUUGGAGCCUCGCCUAUGGCUGAAGCAGGAAAGCUCAUUUUCGUCACGGCCGGUCCCGCAUCAGCUCAGGAGAAGAUUGCUCCAUACCUGAAGGAUGUCAUGGGUCGCUCCGUGAUAGCUAUGGGCACCGACGUCUCCAAAUCUAGUAUGCUUAAGAUCGCAGGCAACAUCUGCGUCGUCUCCUUCAUGGAGGUGAUCUCGGAGGCUCACGUGUUUGCCGAGAAGACUGGUCUGGGAUCCGAAAUUAUGGAAAGCAUGAUUGGCAAUAUGUUUGGACCGGUCCUAGAGAGCUAUAGCAAGAGACUGACGACGGGAGCAUAUGCGCCGGCUCCGGAUGGAAAGGCUGGCUUUGACGUUGAGCUUUCGAUGAAGGAUGCUAGACACGCGUUGAAUUGCGCGAAAACUGCAGGAAUGAGGUUGCAGGUUUCGGAGGUGGCGUUGGAGAAUAUGGGGAAAGCGGCUGAGUUUGGGAAGAAGCUGGGAGGGAGGCCGUUGGAUAGCAGUUCGAUGUAUGGGACUAUUAGACAAGAUGCUGGACUGGAUUUCUACACUGAUCUGUGCAAAGAAAGGGAUAGUAAGAAAUAG